AGAAUUAAAAUUUCAACUACAAUCUGCAUUAGAUCGUGAAGCAUAUUUACGUCAAUUGUUGUCUAGUCGUGAAGCUGGUCUACGUGAAAUUCAAGAAAAAGUAGAAAAUAUUGAAAAUAUCGAAAUGAAAGAUAAUAAUAACAAUAAUAGUAAUAGUAAUAAUAACAAUUCAACAUUCAAAUU